AUGCUGGAUAGAGUGUUUCAACAGAUCAAAGCCGGAGCACACAUAGAAGAAGAAGCAGUUUACGAAGUAUGUCUACGGGCCCAAGAAUUGCUAGUGACUGAAGCAAAUAUUGGGGUGGUCGAUACGCCAGUGAUCAUCUGCGGGGACCUCCACGGCCAAUUGCACGAUCUUUGGACGUUGUUUGAGAACAACGGUGAUGUGAGUGACAACCGGUACUUGUUCUUGGGCGAUUUCGUGGACCGAGGGUUUUAUUCGUUGGAAAGUUUUCUGUUGCUGUUGUUGUGCAAGUUGCGGUAUCCGGAUCGAGUAACGCUAUUGCGCGGUAACCAUGAAAGCCGCCAAAUCACUCGAGUGUAUGGGUUUUACGAUGAGGUGUUACGCAAGUAUGGGAACAGCAGCGUAUGGAGGGCCUGUUGUGAAGUGUUUGAUUAUUUGGCACUGGGCGCUGUGGUGGACGGGAGGAUAUUUUGUGUGCAUGGAGGGUUAUCGCCGGAGAUUUGUGAACUGGAUCGAGCUCGUGCCAUCGAUCGUAAGCAAGAGGUGCCCCACGAGGGUGCGAUGUGUGAUUUAUUGUGGAGUGAUCCAGAACAGGUCCGUGGAUGGGCUGUGUCACCAAGAGGAGCCGGGUAUCUGUUUGGUCGGUCACAAGUGAGUGCAUUUUUGCAUACGAAUGGAUUGGACCAAGUAGCAAGAGCCCAUCAGUUGGUGAUGGAAGGGUAUCGAGAGAUGUUUGGUGGGCGGCUAGUGACGGUGUGGUCUGCACCAAACUACUGUUACCGCUGUGGCAAUGUUGCUGCGGUGAUGCGAGUGCCAGAAGCAGGUGAGGCAGAGUAUCGAGUGUUUGAGAGUGCAGGUGGACCAGCAGGAGGGUUGCCAGUGAGAGGAGGACGGGACUACUUUUUGUGA